AUGGAUUUUCACCCAGAGAAGUGUAGCAUUCUCCGCGUCCACAGAAAGAGGAACUCAAUCACGCUCCGUUACUCCCUGAAAGACCACAUCCUCGAGACUGACUCGACUACCAAGUACCUGGGAGUAACCUUGUCCCAAAACUUUUCAUGGAACCACCAUAUGGACAUCACGGCGAAAAAGGGAAACAGUACACUCGGCUUCUUCCAGCGCAACCUACGCGUCAGCAAUGAGAAGGUCAAGACCACGGCAUACACUUCUCUUGUCCGGCCAGGCCUUGAGUAUUGCUCCACAUUGUGGAACCCAUUUACAAAGGACCUGGUUUACAAGCUUGAGAUGGUACAGAGGAGGGCUGCUAGAUAUGUGACCAACCGAUACCACAACACCAGCAGCGUAUCCUCCAUGAUCGAGCAUUUGGGUAGGGAGACGAUCGAGUCACGACGGACCAAAGCGCAACUCACCAUGCUGUACAAAAUCAUCAAUGACCUGGUGGAUAUCCCAGCCAACCAAUACCUUGUACAAGCCCCAAGUCGCCUUAAGGACCAUAACAAGAAGUACCACCAGCCGUCUUCAUCCACAUCUUACCACAAGAACUCAUUCUUUCCACGAACCAUAUCCGUUUGGAACCACCUCCCUGCGUCAGUCGCAGAGGCCCCUGACUUGGACACACCUCUCAUUAAUAGUUGGGACAUCAUGCUUCCGAAGGGAUUUAAACUCAGCUCGAGGCUCUGGCUUUCGUCGCUAGGCGUUGUGUCCACGUGCCUGUUGCUAGUGUAUGCGCUGCUGGGCAUAAGCAUUUGGCGCGGGGAUAAUCACAUGCGCUACUACAGCGACGUCUUGGUCUGCAACGGUACCAGCCAAGAACGUUCAUAUGAAAACAGUACGUAUAACAAUGAUUUGAAUUUGACGUCGGACACGAUGAUAAAUUUAACCGUUGACACCCCGGACCCGAAACUGAUUGGCAAUGGAAAAGACCUCAUCCAGCCUUUAAUGAAAAGGGUCGUCAACUUUCAGAAUAAUAUCAUCCUGUUUUCUGCCGUCGCCGGAAACUCCUCGUCUAAACAUAUCUGGGACACCAUCGACAUACAGGGAUGGGAGCAUAAAAGUCUUAGCAAUAAUACGUACAAGUGCUGCGUGCGGUACACAUCCGGUGCGCUGCGGAUGGUGCCGGCGAUCAGGAUCAACUGGACGAACUGGGUGACGGAAAUGAACGCCGUGCAGUUCGUCUGCUCUAAUCUUACUUCCCGAACCGGAGACCUACCGGACGUUGCCACCAUAGCGACCCACAAGAUGGAGUGCCAUAACUUAUACGACUGGCACCUACCAGUGACAUUCGCGCAUGCGCAUAAAAACGAGAUCGCCGUUUGCUCCAAGUUCGUCUAUGGCAGCGUGGCGGCCGACGACCUGCUCAGCUGGUUUGAGCUCCACCGGCGGCUGGGCGUUACCAAGGUGCUCGUGUACACUCACAAGCUGAACCCUGAAGCUUUCCAUGUACUGCGGUACUACCGGGCGCUAGGGAUUGCUGAUACGGUUCCCUUCAUAUUUCGUCUCGACGACCAACACAACCACCCUGAGAUCGGUGUGAAAAACGUACAGGCGUGGAAUGACGAGCAGGUUCCGGUGUUCGACUGCCUGGCGCGCCUGCGCGGAUACCGUUACCUCGCUCUUGUGGACACGGAUGAGUACCUAAUAUCCAACCGGGGACUGCCGUGGAUGAACAUGCUGGACGACCUGUCUGCUAAACAUCCCUCCGCAGCGGGCUUCAACUUCUACGUGAAAGUACACGUGACCUCGUGGAACAAGGCAAGAACGUGCUCCCAGUUCAAGGUCGGACAGUACCUGAACAGCACGCGCCCUAUGACUGAACGAUGGAAGCACGUGACCAUGCCCGAUCGGUUGAGGCAUGGCUCGCAGACGCACACGUUUAACCCUAACGAGAAGGCCGGGUUCAAUAGACACGUGGUGAGUGCGGAGGACGCCGUUAUUCACCACUUCCGGUCAUGUCGCACCCAGUGGAUAGAGGAGAACAGCGCGUGCAUUCAAUUUGGACAAAGUGCUGACGACACGGUUUCAAAACUUUUUGAGAAAAUCGAACCGGACGUUUUGAAAUUGAAAGCUCGAAUAUUCGAGUCGCAAUGACUCGGCAAGAUCAGAUAAGUUUGGCAGUAUGUCUCGGUGGCUUUUUGUUUAAUGUUCAUCAGAGG